AUGGAAGGCUCAAAUCAUAGUAUUGUUACAAACCACUCACCCACGUAUAUCUUCCUUGUAGCCGGUGAGCAUCCACAGCAGCUGAAACGGUGCCCUUCAAGCUCCUACUGCUCACCUAUCAUACUCGCCAUCUUUAGAGGGGUUGGAAACCGGAGAACUUUACGUACCACAGCCUGUAUAGCAAACACACAACUUUUCCGUGUGUAUAAGGCUCUGCGGCGCAGCAAUCUCCUGGUGCACUUCCCUAAAUGUAUUCUCUACAGAAUGUUUUAUGUGGCUGAGAUCUCUUCAACACAAGCAAAAAGUAACAAUAUUAAUGAUCACUAUGAACAACUUAUCCACAACUUGACAAAGUCUCAUCUUGGAGCUGCAAUCUCAGGUUUACUUCUUCUCUAUCCCAGCCACAUCAUUCACAUUAUAGAGUCUUCCAGUGAGAUUCUGUAUGCAAUUCUACAGGACCUUGUUCAGAUUCAGGAGCAGGGUACAAGCUCAAUUCUCCAAAAUUCCAAGAUCCUAGUGAUUUCUAGCAAAAUCCCGGAGAGGCUCCUUCCCAGGUGGUAUUCCCACACUGUCAGAUUUCCCACAGUUUACCUGGAGGACACGAGCGAUGGGCAACCUGAGCUGAACUUGCUGGAAGACAGUCUUACCCUGCUCUUGAGACUGGUAGCAUUUGUGUCCGACAGUAUAACGCCUGGCACUAAAGGACCAGGACAGCACCUGCCCACACUGGCACCAGAGCUUCUGCUUCGGGAGGCCGUUGUGCACAAGCUAAUCAAAACCAGUGAAUUUCUAACACCACAAAUCUUCCUAGAGAUGUAUGACAGCCCUUUAAAUAUUUCCAGUGCUUCAGGUAUGGGCUAA